CUAGCCGUCAUCGCGCGCUUUUCAUCCCCGGCGUGAUCAACCUCGACAGCGCACCAGCCGAACGUUUUUAACGGCGCUGCGCACACCGGUGUCGCAGGCAGCGCGGGGAUAGCGCAGGCGCGCUGCAGAUCCUGGAGGUUUUGGCGGGUGCCUGUGUGCUAGCUUCACCGGGGCGGUUGUAGGAGGUGAGGCAGAAGUUUUGAAGAGCGCAACCAAAGAUCAUAGCAGCAGUAACGCCAUGUCCACAAACAGCACAGAGGGCUCACAUUCCCCAUCCCCAGCUGCCCUGAAUGCACCACGGUACGGCACCAUGGUACCCAAGCGCAUAUUUGUUGGGGGAAUCUCUGCAAAUACCACAGAAUCUGAACUCCAUGAGCUCUUCUCACACUACGGAGUGGUGACUAAUGCAAAGAUCAUACUUGACAGAGCUGGUGUGUCCAAAGGGUAUGGAUUCGUGACAUUUGACACUGAAGAGGAUGCCCAGAGGGCACAGGCAUCAGGAAAUAACAUUAUGCUUAGGGACCGCAGACUGAACAUUGCCCCAGCAAUAAAAAAGCAGCCAUUUUCAAGGGCGUAUGACCCAGCCCAGUCAGUCCAGCCAGGGACGAUUCUGUACCAAAACGGGGUUCCUUACAUGUACCAUAAUGGCACUGCAUUCUUUCAUCCUGAUGCUCUCACAUAUCAGUAUUCGCCCACGGCAGCUACUCAGACUUCUACUGCAGCUGUUGCUGCAACCAACACAGCUGCAUCCGGAUACCCUGUUGUGUAUCAGCCAUCUGUCUACUACCCACAGCAGACCUUCCAGUACCCGAAUGUGUGGAGUGCAGCUAAUGGACAAUGGAGAUGGGGCCCACCUGCUACAAGCCAUCCUGCCACUUCACACCCUGCAUAUCUCUAUCCAACACACUUGCUUAGCCUUGGUGGUGGUGGUGGUGGUAGUCCAGCUUCAGCUGAAGUUCAAGAGUACCAAGACCCAGCCAUCGUGGAGACUGGCUCUGAGGUAGGUGCCGCCGUGACACCAAGCACACCGAUGCGCAAGCAAGACGACAGCGGUGGCACCCCGACCCCCUCCUCUCUUCUGGCCUCUCCCUCUACAGCAGCGUCGUUGGGCAGCUUCUGGACAAAGGGCCCUUCCAGCCCCUCCGUCCAGCAUGCAACCAGCUCUGGCAAUGAGGGCACUUCCCCCACCCAAAGUUCGCUUCUGGGAGCCAACUCCCCGAUACAGACCCCGCGUCGCCCACGUGAGCUGGCGCCUAGGCAGCGGCGCUACACCGCGCCACCUGAAGCCCUCCUCUCCCUCGAGGAGUAUACCAAAGGUAGUGAACGGGAUCUCCCUGAUGGCCAACCCCAGCACAGUGAGCCUAGCAAGCGUCCAGGCUCUGGGGCAACCUGGCGGGACUGCCUCUUCGGUACUCCUCCCACUCCCUGCACCACCCGCUCCCAGUGCCCCUGAAGACCCGCCUUCAGCACCACGCUCCUCUUCUCCCUGCUAAUGGGAUGUCGAGCUCAUCCUCUCUAUCUCUUCCACCACCACUUCUUGCCUCGCAGAUCUGUUAGAUGCCUCAUUUGAAACCUGAAGUGUGCCAACUGCCUGCUUUAUUUUUUUGCUCUCCAGUUGGCAGUCCUCAUAGGUUUCCUCUGCCUUUCUACCUGGCAUUUCUGCAUAUCUGUGAACAUCUCCAGACUGUGUCUGCAGGUUUUUUUGCUUGCACAGGCCAGUCAAACUUGUUUCAACCCUUUGGGCAUCUCAUCUUACCUUGGGCCAGUUCUGCUUAGUGUGCCUUAGUGGGCUUUUCAGAAUGUGCAAAUGUUGCGCAGAUUAUUGGGUGACACUCUGCCUGAAAUGUUCAGUGCUCAGCAAAGUGCCUUUUCUUCAUUCUGCCAAAGUUAAAAACAUACAUCUCUUGCUCAGCAUACUUUUGUACCUGCAAAACAAUUGUAAUUCUUCUGCCAAGUCUCACUAUACGGAUUUUUUAUUUACCUGUUGCUCAGAUCACAAUUCUGCCUCUUUAGUUAAAUUGCAUCAAUAGGUAAGCAUUACUUGGUAUGAAAAAUAGCAUCACACAACUAGCUAAUGAACAAAUUCAACUGACGAAUAUUUUCAUUACUUAAAAACACGUUUCACUUGUGGUGUUGAGGAUGGUCAGUGUUCAAGGGCUGGCCAGUUAAUAAAAAUUAUGAAUCUAGCCACGAUCUGGACAUACUUCCUCAAAUGUGCCUUAAGAUGUAUUCGUAUUCCAUAUAAUUAAAGGGUUACAGUGUAAAAGAAAAUGGUCUGGGAAAAUUUUGUUAAAUUUGGUGCACAUUUUCGGGCACCAAAAUAUACAAAAUGCAUAUUUGAAUAUUGAUUGUAGUCUAAAAAAUUCAUGCCAUUUGGUAAUUUCUCUGAAGAAUGACUGGCUUAAAUCCUGCAACUGCCAUGUGGGCGCUGCAGUAUUCAUUGGAAGAUUUGGUAUGUGCAGUUAUGUUAAUUUGUUAAGUAGCACAUGGAGAUCUGCUGUGCAUAUUAUGACUGACGAGGCACAAUUGUGUUGCCUGCCACUGGUCAAAUUUUUUAAAAUCUGCACACCCUUUAAAAAAAGGGGAGGGCAGGUGAUAUGUGCCACUGUUAGCACGUACGGUUGACUGACAUGCUGUUGAACUGCUCUUUCACAAAGUUUGUGCAGUGAUGUUCUGCAUUACACUGCAGCCACAAUUUUAGGUGUAGUUAUUGUAAUGCCAAAAGUCUUGUUGAAUGCUACUUGUGGAAACUAGUAGCGGUAUAUAAAGCUGAAACGUUUCAAAAGCCUUUGUUAUAGCACUAGCAUUGAUCAAAGGGUGAAUCUGCAUCCAUAUGGAAGCUUACUUUUAAAACAGAAAAAAAAAAAUGCUGUCUAGCAAGCUUUUACCUUUCUUGCACCUGCUUCUCCUCAAGUGUCUGGGGUCGCAUUGGCUCUAGGUAUUUUGGAAUGCGUGUUCUUUGCAGUCGUAUUUCAGCAGCACCACUCAACUAUUUAUUUCAACUACAGUUUCACUGUUCAAGAUGUGGAACACAUAUCAGUGUUGAACAAAUAAGCUACUGAAAUGACGCACACUGUUCUUCUAAAUAUCACACACCCUCUGUGGCUGUGGCAUUUGUCUUGUUUUUGUAAAUGUUCUCUCACACUUAGAUGAAUGUGCUGCACUUAGCUUGCAGCAGCUGGCGAAAAGCUUGGCAUUUGCACAUAUGCAUUACAGCUCGCCAGCAAGAUCUGUAGUUUAAGAUGUAUGUCCACAUUCAGCAGGUUUGCAAAAUUUUCAUGCGCACUGGUGCUAGCGACAUGGUUCGUUUCCUCGACAUGGUGGCAAAGACAUCUUACUGAGCAUCUGACCAUUCUGAGCUUCGAAUGAAAUUCGCAGCUUAUUAUUCUCGGAUCAUCAACAACGCACAAAUUACGAGCAUUUAAGCUUUCUUUCUGCAAGUAACCUACUUUUGCACAACCAUAGAACAUGAAGCAUCACUCAAUACAAUGCUAUUCAUAGCUGUUGUAGAAAAUCUGUUUUAAACAUGUGCCGCACAAUGUUCCACUGCUUUCUUUCUUUUUCUUUCUUUCUUCACAUGAAGUGCAGCUUGGGAGCUUGUCAGAAUUAGUCCAGGCAAUAUACUUAAAAGAACACAAUGUUUAACCUAAAAGUGUGAAGGUCUCUUCUCUUCUUUUGCAAGUUUUAAGACUUGCUUUGAAGGGAUUUCAAAGUCAAAGUGGCAUACAGGGAACUUAUUUACCCAUAUUUCAUGUGUGUAUCCAAACUGUUGUUUUUUACUCUGUCCGUGAUCGGUUUCCUUCUUUAGAGGCUCACACAGUACAUCUGUGCCUGUGAUUAUGGCGUGCAGCAUCACUCACUGACUCAGUUGCUGUUUGCGUCUACUCUUUCUGUUACUGUGGUGCCAGAAAGUUAGCAUAAACUGUACAGUUGCAAGUAUCGUUCACGGCAGAUUGUGAUACUGUUUGCCUCAUGUGCAGGUAUGUUUGUGUAGCUUUUUUUUUUAUGCAGUACAAAAGAAUAUAUUUUAAAAAAGACUGUGAUUGACAGCUAGUCCAUUCGCGUGUCAUAUAGCUAUUAAAAAAUUAUUGUGGUAGUCUACUGAUGACUGCGUCAAGUAGCCUUGGAAGUGAGCAAGCGGAUGCAAGGGGCAGAACCCACAGAGUACAUCAAGAACAAUGCAACUUGUCCACAGUGCAAUUAUUUCUAGAAGGAUCACCUUCGCUCUAUGUGCAAUUGUCACUGUACGCACACAUGGAGUGCUGUACACAUAGUUGGUUUGUAUUUUUUGCGAGGAUAGGCUUGUGUGUUGUGCAGAGAAGCAGCGGCCACACAGUCAAAUGCCUCUCUCGUGUUAAGAAAAGCCAAAGAAAGGUGGUGCGCGAAUGUGUGCAAUGUUUGUAUGACUUUUUUUUUUUCCUUGCCGUCCCACGUGUGUUGUCUUUUGUUUCAACCAUGUAUGUGUGCCAAGUGUCCAUAGAAUAUUAUUCCAUCAGUUUGUGCUGGUCAUGAAAAGUAUGCGAAAGAAAAGACUGGUCAUGAUCUCAGGUUUUUGCCGGAAGUGGAAGUGCUGUUUCUCGGCUGAUUUUCUUGCACAUGUACUCAAGUGCAAAUGUUUUGCAAGUUUUUUUCCCUGAAUUUCAUGCAGUUUUUUUCUUCUGUGAGGCAGAACAAGCGACUUCUCAUGUAUGAAAGAUGUUCCAGCAUUGUAUUGUGCUGAUUACGUUUUCCUCAUGCCAAAUAUUUUUAUUCGUACAGAAAAAGGAAUAGAGCAUUUUUUUAUCUAGCAUUUUUAUACAGGUGCUUUUU